AUGGAUUUCAAUUUAGUAGUUUUGAUGUCUGGUUCACUUAGUGAAUCAUGUAAUGGAUUCGAUUUUUUAUCUGCUCAUAUUGUUUUGUAACUAACAAACCUGAUGAAAAUAAUAUAGUACUAACCAAGUGGUUAUAUAGCAUGUUCAAAAAACAAUUGUUAAGUUUGGAGCAUUGUAGGGGAAAAGGAUCCAGGUUGGAAUAUAUUGUGUCUGGUUCCAGGUUGUUUGUAGAUGUCUGACCCUUCUCCACGAUCUUGCCGUCCUUCAGAAACAUCAUUAUCAUAGAUUUUUAAGUUUAAUCAUUCAUGCUAACAUAUUCAGAGGAACCCCGCGUUCUCUGGACCUACCAAGUGUUGUUCUCUGCCUUCCUCUUUUCCCAAAUCUUACUUUCAUUUUACCUAAUCUAAGUGUUCAGAUUUUGAUACUAAUUAAUAACACUCGUCGCUUUCCAACGAUGAGUCACCCUGAACAUUUUUAUUUCGUUAAUUAAGUAAGUUUAAGGCAUUUAAAGCCACUGAAAGGUCACACUAUUUUAGUGCAUCAUUGGCUUGGAUUUGGUCACUGGCUGAGUUGUACUUGCCCCCAUUACGGAUUGGGAGUUGUUUUUUAGUUAAUUAUUGGGAAUUAAUAAUUGAAAUCUUGUUGUACAAAUGAAGUUCAUCCAGUUCGACAUUCUUCCGUACUUUUUGGUAUAAAUAAUCUUCAUCUCCAUUUCUUCUAAGCAGAACAGUUAGCACUCUACAGAAAGUCCCUUUAUUUCCCCAUAGGCUGUCCAUUUUUCUGUGGCAAUAAGAAAAUGGAGUCUUUAGGAGUCAUGUCAGAUGAAUGGAACUCAUUUAGUGGAAUGUACUCCACUGAUCAGGAGGCUGACUUCAUGGCACAGUUGCUUGGUUACUGUGAACUUCCGAAUGAGCUGUCAGAGGGUUCGAGCUUUUUCGUCCACUCCUCCCAUGAGUCAGCUGUGAACAUGGCCGGGGUUGGCGAAGGCUUAAUGUGUUCUUCAAAUAGCACUAAUACUAGCAUGUACUGUUCUCCACAAGGGACUAGUACUUAUAGUGGUCUUAGUAGUAUUCUUUUUCCCAGUACUUCAAGUCUUGAAAGCUACUACCUGAGUGAUUCUCAUCAUACAUCAGGGGCAAGCGAUGGUUCUGUGUCGAUGGAUUUAUGCAUUGGGGAGGAUAAUAACACCGGCUUAAUAGAAGAGGAUGACUUCUGGAACCAAGAUAUGAGUACUGGCCGUAUGGAGUCUGGUGUGAACCUGUCAGAAGCUGUUCACGGAAAGAAUUUGCAGCUCAAAAGGGAACCUACGAUGGCAGUACCGGAUCUGUCUAGUGAAGAUAAAAAUGAUUCACUGGACAAUUCUAAGAAAAGAUCUCGAGUUUCAGGAGAGGUCCAAAAGAAGAGGAAUGUGAAGUCGAAGAAGAACAAGAAACUUGACGAAGAUAACAAUGCCGAGCUUAAUAAGCAGAGCUCAAGCAGCUGCUGCUUAGAGGAUGACUCCAAUGCUUCUCAGGACCUGAACAGAGUGACUUCGAGUUCAAGCUCAAAAGGGGCUGCAGCUAUGGAUUCAAAUGGCAAGACAAGAACCAGUAGGGUGUCAGCUACUGAUCCCCAGAGUCUCUAUGCAAGGAAAAGAAGAGAGAAAAUAAACGAGCGGUUAAGAAUCUUACAGAACCUCGUCCCAAAUGGAACAAAGGUUGAUAUUAGCACAAUGCUGGAAGAAGCUGUCCAUUAUGUGAAGUUUUUGCAAGUUCAAAUCAAGCUAUUGAGCUCUGAUGAUCUGUGGAUGUAUGCUCCCUUCGCAUACAACGGAUUGAACAUUGGGCUUGAUCUGACGAUCUUGACGCGGAGGUGAUGAUCUUGAAGAUGAAGGGAAGGAAUGCUGGUGCUGAGUAUUCAAUUUAUUAAAUAAAUAUAGCAAAUUAUAUAGAAUAUGUAUGUAGUCAAUUCCGUCUUGUAAUGAGUUUCUUUUUGCAAUUUAUUGACGGCCUAUUGCUCUUACACGAUGAGUAAUCAUCAUGAAUAAUUGAUUAAACUACUAAGUUUCUGUUUGAUUUUGCCUCAACAUAAUAAACAAGGCUUUCAUCUUCAUCUGUUGUUGUCAAUGAUAGUAUAACUCUUGUACAGAACAUUGAUUUGAAUUAGUUGCUUUGUAACAACU